UUCUCUUCGGAGAAACAGUAUUUUUUUUAUUUAUUCGAAGCCAUUGGAAACCUCCGAUCUCUCGUAUGCACGUCACCGGCUUCAAGCAUCAGGCAAACCGUGCCCCUCAGAAAGGCAAACCGAGCAAACAGACCCAGCGACCGAUGAGUCAGCACCCGCUUCGCUGCCAAGCCUGCACUCAAUUUCCACCAAACCUCAACCUUCGUCGUCACUUUGUUGUCUCUUCUUCCUCUUCCGCCGCGUGCCUCCUUUCUAAUACCCUCCUUUCUCCCCGUUUUCUUCCCCUUUCCUCCCUUUUCUUCGUUACCUGGAGCUGUAGCGUACGCCGUGCUCUUCUCCUGCCCUCUUUAGUUCUGCUUUAACGCGUGCUGGAGCUCACCUUUCGAGGUGAUCGUGGCAGAAAUGUCCACUCCGGCUGACCUCCAGGCUCUGUUUGCCAACAUCAAGCCAAGGCCUUCAUCAAACAAUGCAUCCAACCCCCUGAGCCCUGAAGCUCAGAGUCGACGUCAAAAUGGCUCGCCGCCAGGCGAAUUCCCAUUUUCACCUCCAACCGGUUUGUUCCAAGCUACUCUGUCGUCGCCACUCUACAGCCCUCAGUAUGCGGGCACACCUCCACAUCACAGCUCGGAUGUUAUCAGUCCCAAUGUUCCAACGCCACGUAACAACAAUCAGAGCCCACAGCAGCAGACUUUGAACACGGAUCGCACUUCUAAUUUGCUAAACUUGCUCAAGUUCAGUCCAGCUCCGCAGAAUGUAGCUGCUCCAAAGCAAGCUGGCGCGGGCGCGCCGAAGGAGCCACAAGUUGAUGCGCCUAUUGGUACCGUCCAAAGUGGUCACGGAAGGGGAAUAUCUGCCUCUGAUAUCGUGGCUUCGUUCAUGGGGAAACCAACUGCGUCUACAUCUGCUGCUACUGGGUUGAUGUCUGGUAGCCCUGUUGCUGCCCAAUCGUCCGAACGCCCAACUACCACUUCUUCUCCCGCUGACAAUGCCCAAAAUAUGCUAUUGAAACUGUUAAAUCGUCCUAAACCCCAUACAUCUCAAUCGGAGGAGUCAGUAAUUGCUGUGCCUGGUGCGAAAUCACCUGAGGUUGCUACUCCGCGAGAGCGUUCUACUGAUGCUGGGGCUAAGCCUCCUGCGGAACGUAGAGCGUCCCCAAUGAGAUUAUUCGGGUCAGGGGAGAGUCGUGAAACCACUCCUUUUGAGCCCCCGAUUCAUCCACAACCGAAGGAUUCGAUAUUUACCUAUGUCAAUCCUUUCGAACAACUUGCCGCGGCUUCUCCCCGCAACCGUACCCCCCAAGGAAACCAGUCACGAGGAUUCCCUGACGCAAGUUCUGCACCUGAGGCCGCCAGUACCAAGAAAAGCGGGGUAUCAGGCCUCAUUCAGACCAAUGGCCAGCGAAAACGGUCAGAGCCAUCUAGGGACACACUUCCGUCGUCGUCGAGUUUGGAAACGGGCGACCAUGUGGCAAUUCCUCCUAGCUCAGGUGCAUCUGAGGAAUUCCGGGGCCCCGAUCAGAAAAAAAUGAAGAUCAAAAAGGAAACCGUUCCUGAGGUUCUCGGGGAAACUGCUGGGCAGGUUGAUAAAGAGGUCGAGGAUGCCUUAGCAAGGGCUGCCGUUGAAGAAGUAACCGUUAAAGUAGAAGAAGAAGAGGCGGAUUCGAAAGCCGUUUUGAACGCGCUCGCGGAGAAACUUGAACAGACUGCCCUUGAUGUUGAGAAGGAACUGGAAAAGGAUAUGAGCGCUGAGGUUACCCCCAAGAGCUCACCUCCGGCUGUCUCAGAGUCAAAAGGGUCUACCAAUGAUACCAAUGGUGCUGUUGUGGACUCGUGGGAAUCUGAGACUGAACGUGUUAUUUCCGUGUAUAAUUUUCCGUUGAAGCCAUUCGUGUCGAUCACUUGGAAAGGUAAUACUAUGAACGCCUUCUCACUACGGAGUGAUGGGAUAAUGGAUAUUGCCCGUCUCAAGAAGGAUUUCGACCAAUUGGACCGUUCGCUCACUUCAGCUACUUCCGAUUACAUCGUUUACGCUUUGGCGAAGAACGGUGGUAUGAGGAUAGUCAGACAGGACGACGGUCAAGAUAGACAAGUGUUUCGUUCUACCAAUGAUCGGAUUUUCAAUGUCUCUCUAUCGACCACAGCACCAAGUUCUUCGCGGACCAAAGGGCAAGCUGUUCUUGGGAUCGGUGUUAGCGGCGCAGUCUACUGGGCGACUAUUUUCAAGGCAGAUAAUGACCUCUUCGAAAAUGAUGCGCUAGAACGCGACAGCUUGAUCUUCCCACCGUUUCCCGCCUCUGAUGAAAAUACCUCUGGCGGUCAGUUAAAAACACGGGCUAGGCGGAGCUCCCGCCAUCCCGAGUUUUUCGCCAUUGGCCGCGGCAAGUUUAUCCAUAUCGUGUGGCCCCAUUGUGCCAUGUCCCCAAAGUAUGGGGUUACAGAAACACAGCGUGAAGUGGACACUGAAAAGUUUUUCAAAGAAAAGUCGUUGAGGAUCGCCACUGGCAAGGCUGGGAAGGACUUUAUUUUCAGCGAUGACGACACUGUUAUCGUCUCGCUUGACAAAACUGGCAGGAUGCGGUUCUGGGACAUUCGUGAAGUUGGCGAUUUCCCGAACUCUAAUACUUCGAAAGUGUCAACUGAUAUUCGCGUCCCUCUUUUGACACUUGUCACCGGAUCACCUACGGAGAAGUCGUGGCCUACCUCUGUUUUAUUCAUCGACAAAUUACGGCCGUAUGUGAAAGCAUCGGCACUUCGCUAUGUUCUUGUUGGCUUAAAACAGAAUCACACGCUCCAGCUCUGGGAUAUUGGGCUGGGCAAAGCGGUACAGGAAUUGAAAUUUCCUCACGACAAUGAAUCCGACGCUAUAUGCAGUGUUGCAUAUCAUCCCGGUUCUGGAAUUAUCGUCGUUGGCCACCCUACGCGCAAUUCUAUUUAUUUCGUCCACUUGUCCGCUCCGAGAUACUCCCUGCCACCGAUGUCGCAGGGCAUGUAUAUUCAGCGGGUAGCCGAGAAGGAUGAAAGAUUGCCAAAACCGGAGUCAACAGCUUGUAUGAGUGGAAUCCGCGAGCUGUCCUUUGGAAGCAAGGGCCAACUCAGGAGCCUUGAGCUCUUACCUCUUACCCGACCGUCUGUUUCACAACGCGGUAUGGAUGAGGAAGCAGGGUUAUUCGAGCUGUAUGUCAUGCAUUCUCUUGGGGUUACCUGUCUUAAUAUUAAAAAGUCAGACCUUGGGUGGAGCAGCGACAACAAGAUCCUUGAUCCUGUGGAUUCUCUGCAAAAGGGAUUCAUUGAUGUUAAUCCCCUGCAGUGCUUCCCUGCCCCAGUCGAUGAACAGUCAGUCAAUGGGGAUGCAGCCCUAAAGGGUGCUCCGAAGGGGAAGGAACCGGUUAAAAGGACAGUUGGGCGUGGACAAGAAUCGGUUGUUGGAGUUGAAUCUUCCCGCAACCAGUCCCCUUCAAAGCAGUCACCGAAGAAGAAGGCAGGCGACUCUGUCUCUACUUCUGAUCAGCAUGACCAAGCGACCACUGUCACAGACAAGAAUGAGAAACGGAAAAAGAAGAAAGCUGAUAACGGGAAGCCAAGGGAAAUUUCGAAUAAGGAUGUAUAUCAAAGUCAGCCUGAAAUUCCGCCUGUGGCGGUAGUCGAAACUCAGGGUCCUUCCACCUCCCAGGCUUCUGCUGAUACUGGGCCAGCGGAAUCGAUUAACCUAGGCGUCUCUUCUGAUUUCUUGAACAAGGAAGUAAAAAAGAUUGAGAAAGCGGUUUCCAUGGAGUUCACAAAAUGCCUCAGCCGCGAACUUGAUGCUCUGUACCUCCGCUUUGAUCAGGACCGCCGUUCUCAGGAACAGGCAGCCACUGCAAAACAAGAUGCAGUGUUACGCCUUGUCUCGUCAACCCUAUCUGACAAUGUGGAGAAAAACCUGUCCCGUAUUAUUGCCACCAAUGUCCAGUCGAUGGUAGUCCCAGCACUCGUUGAAUCUACGACAAAGUCUAUGGACCUGCAAAUAAAGGAGGGUCUUAGCCGACAACUUGAUUCGAUAGUUCCACCCGCUAUCAAGGAGGUUCUCCCUUCAGCCGUACAACGGGCAAUGUCGAAUGAAAAUGUACUUCUCCGCAUCUCUGAAUUGAUGUCGGUAUCCCUUUCUACGCGGGUGGAGAGAGACAUCUCCAGGGUUCUCCACGAAAAAAUCGUCCCAUCAUUCAGAGAGGAAUCCAUCCAACAAGCGAGAAUGACAACAAAGGAGGUUGAGCGACAGUUUGUCGGCCAAAUGAAGCAGUAUGAGAUAAGACAACAAAAUGAUAGUGCCAAAAUCGAUCAACUCACGACGCUUGUACGGUCUCUAUCGGAGACCAUUUCGACAAUGGCAGCUGCCCAGUCUCAGUUUCAGAAAGAGAUUUUGGAAAUUAACCGUCAGGUUGGGGUCAAGGCUGAGUCGUCUGAGAAGGCAUCGGCCCCAAGCCCCGUUCCAGAUGUGGUUCCACCUAAAGCAUCCCCAGAGGAAGUUGAGUUGCAGGGAAUCAGUGAACUAUUGAAUGCCGGAAAAUAUGAAGAAGCUUCAAUUAGGUGGAUCCAAUCGUCUCAACAACCAGACCUUUUCAACAAUCUGUUUGUCAAACUUGAUCCCUCUUUCCUCUCUAACCUCUCACCACUUGUCGUCCUUUCCGUGAGCGCCGCUGUGACCUCGUCUUUUGAAGCAAACGUGAUGGAUCGCCUCAACUGGCUUGAGCGUGUUUUCCGGACUGUCAAAGUUAGAGACCCCGAGAUCUACGAGGUCGCUCCGAAAAUCAUGGCUGUUCUCAUCCAACGUCUUGAAGCUCUUUACAUGGCCACUGCAGAAAACAAUCCCCAUGAUCCCAUCUCUCGCCGGAUUCCUCGUUUAACUCGCUGGGCCAGGGACCUCCAAGAGUACAAACAGUGAAAAUCGUGAAGGAGUUCAUGUACACUGUAAAAUCCUGAUUUCCUUACUUGAAUUUUAGAUGUUCUCGAGUCGACAUCACAUGGUUCGAUCACCUUCCUUCACUCCGUGCUCCUGGUCUGGAUCACCAGAAUUCAAUAUUUUGCACUGUACGCUGAUUAAGGAACAUCCAUGGGCUUUCUGGGUAAAAUUCGGCAAGAUAAAACACCAAUAUAUGGAGCUCCAACUCUUCUUGAUAAACUUGACCAAACUAGCAUGGGCUCUGUUAAUUCGAUGAAAUUUUCAAAACGGUGCCCCCGGCCUAGUUACUAUUUAUUCACUCACCCCUGGCGUUCCGAAUUUCUUCUGUGCCAUGACCAAAAAUAUUACUCCUUAAUAAGGGGCUAUUUAUUUUUCCGUAUCUACGGACUCCUGCUUCUAAAGAUAUAGUAUGUUGUCGACCACAAAAACCUCAGUAAUCUCGCUUAAUUUACCUUCACCCACACCUAUUUGUUUUGCACUUCGUUUUUCUUAAUGUGGUAUACCUUCAAGAUAUCGUGUACUUUGGGCGAUGAUAGGAAUGGAUGGAUGGAUCCUCUUCCCUCUGUUUACUUAAACGUACCCAGGCAUAUCUUAUUUUAUAUCGAUUUCGGGGUUGCGGGGCCUGAGUUUAUUAGCUUGGUUUGGCUUUGACUUUUGAUUUGGAACGGAUGGAACGUGGAGAAAUUCUGCCAUAAUAGGAGGAAGGCAAGGAGGUGUUGUUCUAAUAUGGAUACGAUAGAUAGGAGCGGUUUUACGAUGUUCGGGCGUUAUCUUGUCUACUUUAAUUUACUGGGAAAAUAUGCGGUUUUUGUUUUAUUUACAAAGUUCUUUUUGAAGUUUGGCUGGUGAAUUUUGUUUCUUCUACUUCUGUCUGCUUAUUCUUUUACAUUCGCAUCUGGGAUCUUUGUAUCUUGCUUCACUUUUCCUCACUCUUACUUGAGAUUGCUAUGUUUGUACGUAUGAAUUAUGGCUGUUGAUGUAAUUUCUUUCAUCUUUAGUUAUCAGCACUUUGCUUUUUGAAAAUGAAAAUACAUAAUAAUCUGAAUAACUGGGAAUUUGUGAUCAUCACAGCUUACACAUAACAUCCUGUUGAAAUGGCUAAAGCCGCCAAAGCGAGCAGUCGCUCAAUAUUCACACUCAGGACCUUCCUUGCACAUGUAUUGGAGAUUGGAUUCAGUCUGCUUGAUACUUUUUCUGCUCCCAGACCCCCAAUUACUAGCAUUGAAGAAAAGCUAUCACAGAAAAAUCCACGCAAUGCCCGUGGACAUGGAAGCUUUCCA